CGGGGCGGGGCGGAACGCGGCGCGGUCGGGGUCUUAGGCGCCCUGGACGCGCGGGGCUGUGCCGAGCUGAGUCGUGGACAUGCGGAAGGUGGUGCUGGUCACCGGGGCGACCAGCGGCGUGGGCCUUGCCCUCUGCAAUCGGCUGCUGGCGGAAAACUCGGAGCUUCGGCUGUGCUUGGCAUGCCGGAACCCGGGCAAGGCGGCCUCCGUCCGGGCCGAGCUGCUGGCCAGGUACCCGGCCGCAGAGGUCAGCAGCGUGCAGGUGGACGUCAGUGACCUGCGCUCCGUGCUGCGGGCGGCCGAGACGCUCCGGCGCAGGUUCCAGCGGAUCGACUGUGUGUUCCUCAACGCGGGCGUCAUGCCCAACCCCAGGCUGGACGUGCGGGCCCUGGUCUCCAGCAUCUUCUCCAGGAAGGUCAUCUCUGUGUUCAGCACGGCCGAGGGGCUGCUGACCCAGGAGGAGAAGGUCACGGCCGACGGGCUGCGGGAGGUCUUCGAGACCAACGUCUUCGGCCACUUCGUCCUGGUGCGGGAGCUGCAGGCGCAGCUGUGCGGCGGGGACGGGCCGGCCCGGCUCAUCUGGACGUCGUCCCGCAACGCCCGCAGGUCCAACUUCAGCCUGGACGACAUCCAGCACAGCCGCGGCCGCGAGCCCUACAGCUCGUCCAAGUUCGCCAUCGACCUGCUCAGCCUGGCGCUCAACCGCCACUUCAACCAGCAGGGCCUGUACUCCAGUGUGGCCUGCCCGGGCACCAUGAUGACCAACAUGACCUUCGGCAUCCUCCCGCCGCUGAUCUGGAAGCUGCUGCUGCCUGUCAUCUGGCUGUUACGCUUCUUCGCCAACGCGUUCACGCUGACGCCCCCCAACGGGACGGAAGCGCUGGUCUGGCUGUUCCACCAGAAGCCCGAGUCCCUGGACCCGCUCACCAAGUACCUGAGCAACACCACGGGCCUGGGGAGCAACUACGUCGCGCGGCAGAAGAUGGACGUCGACGAGGACUCGGCUCAGGCGCUGUACCGAAGUCUCCUGGCAUUGGAGCAGCGUGUCAGGGAGGAGCUGGCGCUGGGCCCCGACGGGCAGGGCUGACCGGUCGUGCCCUCUGUGGCGGGUGGCCGUGGGCCUCUGGGCGCCCCCAGACGCUGUGCCGUCCCCUCAGGGACCUGCGGAGAGCCUGGCACCCCGGAUAACCCUGGCCGUUCUCAGGACCCCCAACUGCCGGCCCUCCAUGUCCAGCCCUGCCCGUUAACUGCUCCCGGCUGCCCCAGGGCGGGCGGGCUGGCCGCGGGUGGCCCCAGGACACUGCUGUCCCUUCGUCCCGUUUCCUGUGUCCCCUCUGGGCGGG